UUGUUGAAGCGUGGAGCCGAUGAGACAAAGUGCUGCCUCCGGAUCCGAGGACUUCACCGACCUGUGGAGCGGGGUUUCGAGUCUCUAUCCCCGGGAAGCUCCGGAGAGGAGCCGGGCUCCGGAGAUGCCUGGAACCGGGGCUCCAGCAGCGGUGUGUCGAGAUUUGCAGAGUCCCACUCGCAGAGGAGGAGGCAGCAGGUUCACCGGCCUGAACAAUGGAGAUUCUCCAGGUGACGGAGAAGUGUCUCAGGAUAUCUUCUGGGAUUCAACGUCCCCGGAUCAGGCUCACACCGGCUCGGGGUUCAGGAACACCAGAGUUGUGGAAAUAUCGGAUAUUGUCAAUCGCAUCGCUCCAAAGGAUGUGAAACCUCAACAGACGGACUCCGCUCUGCUGCAGUGGAUCGGUGACAGCGCCGUCCCGUCCACACCGGAGAUCCGUGUGCAGAGGAUCAGGAAGAGGUCCAGUCGGCAGAGCAGCGUAGACGACCUCAUGAAACUGGCCAAGCAGUUUGACCAGAACAUGCAGCAGGACAAGGAGACCACGGAGCGACUCAGCACUUUCAACCGGGACCUUGAUGAAUGUGUGAAUACGUCAAAAGUGAAAACACAAGAGACAUCGUCCCCCGGUGGCGUGAAGGACCCGAAGGACCAGGUGGAGGCGGAGCUACAAGCCUUGUUCGACUGCUCCACUCAGAACUUCAGCGGCCGGCUCAGCCAGAGCUCCGUAGCUUCCGCCUGCUCACAGGAAGUAAAACCUCGACCAGCUCAGAAGCCAAAGUCCGGUUCAGCUGCUCAAUCUGCUGGAGAAAAGGGAACUCGCGGUUCCAGUGCGAACAACUUGGACGACUUCGAUGACGACUGGGAUAAUGACGACCUACUUAACGACUCCUUCGUGCUGGCGAUGAACCAGAAUCCCGACCAGCUCCAGAACGCCCAACCUGACGCCACUUUGCAGUCCAACACUAAGAUUCAAACUACUCACUUUACCUCUGUACGCACGGCGUCCCCAAAGAGAAGCUCUGGGCCUCAGCCUUCACACAUUCCCUCCAAGCCCAGCGGCCGAAUCCUCCAGGAGCUGUGUCCCAAACUGAAGACCAGCAACCGAAGCACUUUCAAGUUAGAGUCCAACCCUCUCUUCCAGCCGGAGUCGGCCCCCAAACAGGUUUCCAGCUCCAGGUUCACUGCCACUCACACUAAAUCACAAACAUCUGACUGGAAACCCGCUGCCACAAAGACACUGAUCCCUCCUCAACCGGACAAUCCGAGGAAGGGUCUCGCUGCGGACUCGUCUAAAGACGUCUCCGACAGCCUCUGGGGCGACGGGGCGGACGAUGCUCUGCUCUACCAGGUGUGUGACAGCGUGGAGAGGAUCUCCAGCAGCCAGCAGCAGCAAGGCAGCGCCGGCAGCUGCCAAGAGAAACCAGACUUCACUGUCGACAAACAGAGGAAAACCACGGCGCCGCUGCCAAUCGACUCGACCGGGUCCACGGGCGCCGGCGCCAGCAGACCGUCGACGAGCGCCUUCGUCCGUUCUAACUCGUUACCACCGGGGACCAGCUGCGGAGCUGUGAACUACCGAGGCUGGAACGUUCCCAUGAAAGGAGCCAGCAACCAGUCGGGGAUGUCUCAGAGCCUCCCGGGGGGGGGGCGCGGGAGUCUGGGCUCGUUCAGCCGGGUCGGGGAUCCCCCCGGAGCGGCCCAGGCCGGGGGGGCUAACGUGCACGUGAAGGCGUCGACAGUGACAGCCAGGACGCCGCAGAACGCCAAGUCCUGUCACACGGCGUUCAAGAGGAACGUCUCGGACUCGGCAGCGAUCUGCAGCAAAGUUUUCGUCACAAGCCAGAUGACAGGGAAGUGCUCGGCCGCUGAGAUCGAGAGGAAGAAGCAGGAAGCUCUGGCCAAGAGACGACAGCGACUGCAGAAACCGUAGAGAAGCUCCGCCCACACGGAGGGAUCAUCAGACUGUAAACAACCUGAACACGACUCAUCAGUGUUAAUACUUUACUGUUCGAUCACUGGGUUUCAGUCGAUCUGAACUCACACAGGAAACCAAGCUGCCUGUUGUUGACUCGGAGCUGCUGGAUGUUUGUGCUGCUGACGUAGAAACGUGUUUAUAAGAAGUGAGUCGGAGCCGAGGAUCCGAUCUGCUGCUGGGACGACACUAAAAAGAGAUUCUCCUGAGCCUUUCACGUUUUGUUACAUAGUUCAAAUGACUGAGUUUGACUAAAUCCCAAAUGCUGAUUAAAACUGUUCACUUUCUUUGGGUUGUUUUCCUGCUCACACAUUGUAGAUUUAGUUUUUUUUUGUUAAAAAGUGAAUUUAUUACUGAUCAAAUUGUAAAACAAAGAACUGACCAGACAUAAAAAACAUGAGUAGAUGUGAACCAUGAGAGUAACUGUCGUCUGCUGUUUGGAUUUGAUCAGAUAAUAGAGAGAUCAAUUAUGUGCCUUAUACUGAUGCCUGCUUUUAAAAGAUUUUGCCUUCUCUCAUACUUGAUUGAUUGAUUAAUUGAUUGAUUGAUUAAUUGAUUGAUUGAUUGAUUGCCUUUCGAAGAGACAGUGAAUCAAGACAGUUUAAUACAAUCUAAAACUUUUGUUUAGGGCCAAACUAGACGAUUAAUAACCUGUCUGAAAAUAACCUGUUGUUUCUUUUGUGUUCCUCUGUAUUAUCGUGCAAGUCACCUUUUUUUGAAUCUAUGUCUGAAUCUAGUGUUAUAAACUCAGUGUUGUGCCCCCCCCUCUUCUAUUGGCACAGAUUAUUGUAAUAGCCAUGCUAUGCACCUUUUCACAGAUUGUAAAUCCAACAGCAAUAAAAGAAACACAACCAU